AUGUCACUCGAAAUAGGUCGAUUAACCCCGUCCAGUACCGCUUCCUCAAAAAGAGGUCGUGUUUGUUUCUUAGACGAAGUUACAAGAAGUUUAGAUGGUGGACAGAAAGUUGAAGUUUGCUACAUGGACUUCAAGAAGGCUUUCGACUCGGUUUUUUUUGCCAAUUUGGAGGACACCAUGCUGAACACACUACAUACUUUCCGCGGAACAGUUGUGCCUGUCCUUGGUCUUGGGCUCCGGAGGAUUUCAGUUAGCCAGUGUUUAUGGAAAGGUAAUGCUCGAAGACCGAGGGUAGCUGUAUCUGGGGUUGGAUCCGUGAGUGAGAAGUCUCGGGCACGUCAAGAUUCAGCACGAGAAGUACUAGCCGCGGCCAACCGUAACAAGUGGGAACAGAGUAAUGCCAAAAAAAUCGAACUAAUUGGCAAAAAACCGUCUACGAACGUGUAUCUGGCCAGCAAUUUUGAACAAACGGGUCUUCCGUUUGUGGAUGCUUUGUUUGCGUUGCGCGAAGCUGCCCAACCGGACAUGUUCGAUUGCAUGGAGAAUCCUUUGCGUGCCAAGGUCAGUAGGCAGUUAUAUUUCCGUGGUGUUUUCACUGUUCACUGCAGUUCAUGA